AUGGCCACAAUUGCUUAUAAGUCAGAUGAUGAAUACUCAACUAUUACUGAUAAAGGAGACAUUGGAUUCAUAGACUUUGACAAAUAUAAAUAAGCUUAUAGCUACAAUCCAAAUGAAGAGAGUGAUAUAGUUGUUAUAUCUGUUCCAUUUCCGCUGAUAGAGGGAAAACCUAAAUCAGGCUUUGUUGGGGAAACUGUUGUUGAUUCAAUCACAAUAGAGAAUACUACCAAUGAAACCGUGGAGCUGUGGUCAAUUAAGAUCUAUGACUCGAAACCUGAGGAUUCAUUCACGCUAUCUCUGAUGAAACCUCCAACUGCUUGUUCUGACUUGCAAUAUGUUGAGGAAUUCAUGGAGUCCUUUAGCUUAGAGGAUAGAAUGUUACAACCAGGUCGGCCACUAACUGUAUGGCUGACUUGUAAACCCAAAGAAAUUGGAUUGCACACAUCAGCUGUGCAUUUCAAUGUGGGUGAUGACAACAUAGAAAGGCUAGUUUUUGUCUUAUCUGAGGACAAGGUUUCCCAAUCCCUGAAUUCGAGUAGGCCAUUCCACAGAAACAGAAGGAAGAAAGCGCCAGCAAUAGAUGUUGGAUUCGUUGGGGGUUCUCGUCCUAUGAGGGAUUCAUAUAGUAUAUUCAGACACAAACUUCUGUCAUAUCCAAUUCCACGGGAUGUAAGGGAAAUGAUAGAGAAGAAACGAUUUCCUGAUGUUAUUGGGGAAGGUUUAAGAAGAGAUAAUUACGUUGCCUAUUUUAGAACUUUACUAGCAAUUGAAGAAAUCAAGAUGGAGGAAGACAUGAGGGACUAUGAUAUGGAGUCCGUCACCAUGAAGCGCAGGGGACCACACUUUUUGUCCCUUCAUGUCCCAGGGCUGGCUGAGAGGAGGCCAUCGCUUGUUGAUGGUGAUCAUAUCUUUGCAAAGCUAGCUACCACAUGUGCUAGUGAGAUCAUUACCCCUUACCAGGGUUAUAUUCACCGAGUUGAAGCAGAAGAGGUAUUUUUGAAGUUUGAUAAGGAAUUUCACGACAACCAUGUAGGUAGAAACCUUUACAACGUGCAGUUUGCCUUCAACCGUAUGGGAGUGCGGAGGUUGCAUCAAGCCAUUGAAGCGACAGAAAGCUUAGAUGGAGAAAUUAUAUUUCCAUCAGUCAUAUCCAGCACAAGAAACAUACAAGCUGCUGUGCUGGCACCUCGUAAUUCAUGUAUGCUUAACAAGGAGCAAACAAGUGCUGUUGAAAAGAUUCUCGGGUGCGAAGGAGGGGCUCCAUAUGUUAUCCAUGGGCCUCCUGGUACAGGAAAAACAAGGACUCUUAUAGAAGCUAUCAUCCAGCUACAUAUUACGAGGAAAGAUGCUCGAGUUCUUGUGUGUGCACCUUCAAAUAGUGCUGCAGACCAUAUACUUGAGAAACUUAUGAGUCAGCAGAAUGUUGAAGUGCGGGAGCAUGAGAUAUUUAGGUUGAAUGCACUCACACGUCCUUUAGACGAUGUGAAUCCUAGUUGCCUUCGGUUUUGCAAUGUUGAAGAUAAUGCUUUUAAGUGUCCUCUUCUGAGGGAGCUUAGAAGAUAUAGGGUUAUCAUAUCUACAUAUGCUAGCGCAUUUCUUCUUUAUGCACAAGGCAUCAAACGAGGACACUUGUCUCAUAUUUUCUUGGACGAGGCAGGACAGGCAUCGGAGCCUGAUACCAUGAUUCCUCUGUCACAUCUUUUAAGGAAGGAGACAGUAGUUGUACUAGCUGGUGACCCUCGGCAACUUGGUCCUGUAGUUUUCUCAAAAGAUGCUGAAAGGUAUGGAUUGGGGAGGUCAUACAUGGAAAGGUUAUUUGAAUGUGAGUUAUAUAGUUCUCUCAACGAAAAUAAUGCUACCAGACUAGUAAGGAACUAUCGGUGUCAUCCGGCAAUUUUGCAGCUUCCUUCAGAAAUGUUUUAUGGAGGAGAGUGUAUGAGUAUCCCAUGUAAAGAAGAUGAUAAAACUUGGCUUCCACCAAACAAGGAAUUUCCUUUGCUUUUCAUUGGUAUACAAGGUUGUGAUGAAAGGGAAGGAAACAACCCAUCAUGGUUCAACAGGAUCGAAGCAAGCAAGGUAGUAGAGAUCAUCAGAGAUCUCAUACAGAACAAAGGUCUCAAAGAGGAAGAUAUUGGGGUGAUAACACCUUACAGGCAGCAAGUACUCAAAAUAAGAAGAGCCCUAAUUCAGAGCUUUGAUUGGGCUAAUAUAAAGGUUGGCAGCGUAGAGCAAUUCCAAGGUCAGGAGAGACAAGUUAUUAUCAUAUCCACCGUCCGAUCAACUAUACAGCAUAAUGACUUUGAUAGAAUCCAUUAUUUAGGAUUUUUGAACAAUCCGAGAAGGUUCAAUGUUGCUGUUACAAGAGCUAGAUCAUUGCUUGUAGUUAUCGGGAAUCCACACAUCAUCUGCAAGGACCACUACUGGAACAAACUUUUGUGGUAUUGUGCAGACAAUGGCUCCUACAAAGGCUGCUUCUUACCUGAAAAACUGGAGAUUGUUCAAGACGACUCGGAACAAGCAAAAAGUUGGGACUGUGAAGGAGCACAAGCUAAUGAUUGGAACCAAGAUCAAGACCAAGGGGGACAAGUACACAAUUGGGAUCAAGACCAAGAACAAGGAGGAUAUGUUAACAAUUGGGACCAAGAAUUGGGAACAAGUUAA